UGAAUGGGACCAGGUGUGUCGCGGCCCAGCGGAAUAAACACGCCACGUCUCUCCCCUCAUCAUCAUCCAUCCACCUCCACCGCCGCUGCCGAGUGUGUGCUGAGCUGCUGCUGGACCAACACGUCUUGUGCUGCGCUGCGAGCACCACGUGGAUGGACUGAGUGACUCCUCUCCUCUAGCGGCGGCGCUGUGGGGGAGCUGAUGAGUGCAUGGUUCCCACACGUCCCUCCCCCUGCCCGUCCCCCCGGGACACAUUCCCAUACUCGUGCUGCCGGGCAUUCCUCCCGUGAGCGAGGGCCAGGAAGGAGCCUCGGAGGCGGAGCUGAGGCCUGAGAGCCGCCCGUGCAUGUGAUCACGCAGCAGCUCACGUGGGUCGUGCUAGUCGUUGGGAGCACCAAGGAUCACGCUGUCUCGACCCUGGCCAGGGGCUGAAGACGCCCCGCCACUGGACACUUCCCAUGUGUGGAGGGUGGUGGGUUUCCUAGACUGGCAGUGUGUAGGGCAGCACAUACACUACCAUGCUGACCCAACUGGAGCUGCUGGGUGCCACUGGGGGCCUUGGGGUGGAUGAGGACAGUGGGAUGUCUGGCUCUCCACUGGAUGGCCUGGUGGAGUACCCAAUGGAGCAGGCUGAGUUUGAGUACUUUGAAACAAGCCUUGGCAAUGAUGCUUACUAUGAUGGGUCGCAGCACCAGGACCUACAGCAAAGCCUGGCUGCCCCACCUCACCUCACCAGCCCCUCCAUGUGCGACAUCCCCACAACUGAUGAAAACAUUCUAAUCUAUGACCAGGAGAAUAUACCGAGCUUCACCACCGACGAUCUGAAGUUCACCGAAGACAUCAAGCCCUACGAGGAUGGACUACAGUCAGGCAAGGAUGAGCUCAAGUUCGAGGAAGACAUUCAGAAUUACGAGAAGUUUACAGAGGACUUUUAUGACAGCGGCCUUGGUACCCACACCACACAUGAUGAUGACUUAAUCUUUGAGAACCUGUAUGAGACCCUAGACCCAGAGCAUCACAUCCCAAGCCCUGAGGAGCCCACCAGCAACCUCUGGAGUGAAGCAGCCAUCACUAGCAGCAGUAAGGGCAAGAUAGGGCCUCUGCAGCGACGUGCCCUUGACUCCAUCUUCCGGGUGACAGAGAAGCCUUCCCGUGGCAUGGUGCUGCAUAUCGCCUCAGAGCUCGGUCUACACCACCUCACUGUCAAGAACUUCUUUUCCAACGGGCGGCGGCGGCUGCGGCGAGCAGCAGCGAGACUCAACGACCCGGAAAGAACCAGACGGGAGAAUGAACGGCGGAAGGAGAAGCGACGGCUGGCAGCCUUAGCGUCUGCAGCUCAGGCUGGGGCGGAAGGCAAGGGUGCGGGGUCUGCUGGUGGCACCAAGACAUCGUCGCCUCGGAGCCUCCCCACUGACUCCCCACCACCACGGGAGGCCCCAGUGGUGUCCCCAGAGAGGAAGGCGCUGAUGGAGAAGCUGGCAGACAAGGUGCAGAGGAGCGUGGCUCAACGCUCCUUGGCUGCUGACCUGGAGCUUGCAUCUUCCAACACACUCCAGCAGCCCACCCACACAACACAGCCUCCCCAGCAGCUCCCUCAUGCCCCACCACCCACCCAGCACACCCACACCCACACACCCGUCCCACCACAGUCCACGCACAACACAACUGCUCAAAGUGACAUCCUCUCUCAAGCAUCCCAUGACCUGCUGUCCCAGGCUCCACAUGACCUCCUGACGCAGUCCCCACACAACCUGCUGGUUCAGUCCCCUAAUGACUUCCUGGAUCCCUCCUCCACAUCCCCAUCUCUGCUGCAGCCUCCCACUGACCCCUGGGACCUCCUCUAGUGCUGUGCCUCAGUGCUGCAGCCUCUCACCACCUUCACGACGAGAGUAUCUGCUACAGUACUCUCUCACGUCACAAAUUCCUGCAGUGUGUGGCCAGAACCUGCCCGUGUGUGUCCUGCUCCCUGGCUUUGCCUCAACACAAGUUUUAUACUCAGCAAAAGUCAAUUUACUUAACAGCAAUACUGUAAUGUUCAUUAAUGUUGUUGAUCCAUCCCAUGAAUGUUCAGUGCCUUGUGGAAAAUUGUUCCAAGAAAUUUCCUGAACACAAUGUUGUGUUCUUGGAUCAAAGGUAUACUCUUCUUUCUGCAGGAGGUGCAGUACCUCCUCCAUCCUGCACAGCUGCCAUAGUUCAUGUGGAGAACAUCCUUCUGUUCAAGUUAUGGUUUUGCUCCACCUCUCUGUGUGUUGCUUCAGUUACUUUGCUCAAUGUGCCUUACGACAGAGCAGUCUUCCAAUCAUGGCGUCAGUUUCCCUUCCCCAUGGUGAAAUAGUUCAUGCUGGUAAAUGUUUUGGUGUAUAUUUGAGUUCUGGAACAAUUGGUGAGACAUCCAGUCUACAUACCCAAAGAAUGAAAUCCUGCUGACUGGUUCAGCUUAUUCCCUCCUCAAAGUUUUUGCUCUGAUCUGCAUUUUUCUGAACAAUAACAUUAACAUGUAACUUUGUCCCUCCAGCUUCCAAAGAAACAAAAAGCUGGUAGAGAUCUCUCAACAAAGAGCACAAAGGUUUGUGUGAGGGAGGGCACGCCAUUCUGAAUGAUUAAUGAUUGUUUCUUGCAUCAUAUAUAAAACCUUCAGGCAAUAAUACAUUUCCAAAUGUAUCAACAACAAUGAAAUGUCUCAUGAAGUUCUAAAGAAAUGUUUCUUGUUGUACACUUAAAACUUCCUAUAACGUGGCCUUGAAGUUCAUCUUGUACAAGUUUUGUCUUCCAGUGGUGACAAAAUGUCUGAAGCAGCGUGCCAGCCAUCACCACCAUCCUGCCAUACACCCCACCACCUGAGAGUGUGCUUCCAGACAGACUGUGUCCCAACACGUUUGCAGGACUUCCUUACAGUAAUGAAUCCAUACUUGCCAUCACCAUGCAUAGAUAUGAAUUCUGGUUCUGUAUACAAAGCAUGACAUUUGCAAGAGGAAUGCACAUGACUGACUGACACAGUAACAAUAACACACACAUGAACAGGACAUCACAAUUAGAAAUAUUGUUGGGGAGUCAUGUUCAACAGGAAAGGAUUGACUGAAAAGCUGUAACCUGCCUGAGUCAUGCCUCAGUCCAAGUCACUAUGGGAACCCAUGUCUGGAAGCACACACUCAGGGGUCUGGGGUUUGGUGAGUGCACUCCCCACUCACACACAACCACCCACCACUCCUGCCUUCUUGGAGUCUGAGUCUCUGGUGAUAUUAUACAACUAGUCAGUUUUGUACAGUAUCUCAAUAAUUAAUGAUAAUAAUUAUAUAAUGAUUACUAUGUAAUACCUUAUAAUAAUAAUAAUAAUAAUAAUAAUAAUUAUAAUGUAAUAUUAGCAGUAAAGUGCAUGUUCCAUUGCCUUAAUCAGUCAUCUUUUCUCCAAACACUAGUGCAUUGUGUGAAAAAUGACAUUUCUUUCUGGCAGUUAUGGUGUGACUACAUCUGUUCUGUUGUUCUGUUAGUAGACAAUAAUCCUGUGUAUGAACAUGUUUGAAAAUGAAGCAAUAAAUAUACAUAGAUGAA